AUGGGCGGGGCCGCGGCGCUCCUCAUUUCCCCGCCAUGGCUAGCGGGGCGUCAGGGCUGGAGACACCUCCCGGGAACACAGUCGCCAGUCCAGCGCGGAGCACUGCCUGCCAAAACUGCGUCUCUCACUCGCCAGGAUUGCCAAAUAUUCCUGAAGAAUAGACCUGCUAUUUAUGGCAUGUGGCUUGUAACUUUACUCCUGUUGUACUCUCUCCAUGAAGUGCCUGGCGCUCCUGCUGGUAUCAAGGCGGUCCCCUCCUCACCCAGCAGUGUGGUGGUGUCCUGGCUCCCCCCCCACAAGCCCAAUGGAGUGAUCCGCAAGUACACCAUCUACUGCUCCAGCCCCGCCUCCGGACACCCGGCGCCCAGCGAGUACGAGGCCAACCCCGAGAUGCUCUUCUACCGCAUCACCCACCUGAGCCGCGGCAUGCAGUACCACAUCUGGGCGGCCGCCGUCACCACCGCCGGCCGGGGCAACAUGAGCGACAAGGUGGUGGUGGAGCCCGCUGGGAAAGCGCCUGCUAAGAUCCUGUCGUUCGGCGGCACCGUGACCACGCCCUGGAUGAAGGAGGUCCGUCUGCCCUGCAGCUCUGUGGGAGAACCCACGCCCACCGUCAAGUGGACCAAGGAGAGUGAGGAUUCGGCCGCCCCGGUUGCACUGGACAAGGAGCGGGUGAUCUUAUCCAACGGGACGUUGGUGCUGCGCUCAGUGAAAGCAGAGGAUUGUGGGUACUACACCUGCACAGCCACCAACACGCUGGGCUUUGACACCAUCAUCGUCAACCUGGUGGUGCAAGUGCCGCCUGACCAGCCCCGUCUCACAGUCUCCACCACCUCCACCUCCUCCAUCACCCUGGCCUGGAUCCCUGGGGACAACGGGGGGAGCUCCAUCAGAGGCUUCGUGCUGCAGUACUCGGUGGACAACACGGAGGAGUGGCGCGACGUGUUCAUCAGCUCCAGCGAGCGCUCCUUCCGGCUGGAGAACCUGCGCUGCGGCACCUGGUACAAGGUGAAGCUGGCCGCCAAGAACAGCGUGGGCUCCGGGCGCAUCAGCGAGAUCAUCGAGGCCAAGACCCACGGACGAGAGCCCGUGUUCACCAAGGACCAGCCCCUGCUCACCCACAUCAACUCCAGCCACGCGGGCCUCAACCUCCAGGGCUGGACCAGCGGGGGGUGCCCCAUCACCGGCCUGCUGCUGGACUUCAGGCCCAAGGGCACGUGGGCGUGGCAGACGCUGAAGGCCAACGCCACGGGCCCGCUGAUCCUCAGCGAGCUGCGCGAGGCCACCUGGUACGAGCUGAAGAUGAAGGCCUGCAACAGCGCCGGCUGUGGGAACCAGAGCUCCCAGUUCGCCACCACCGACUACGACGGCAGCACCAUCCCGCCCAUCAAGUCGGCCCGCGGCGACGGCGACGACGUCAAGAAGCUGUUCUCCAUCGGCUCGCCCGUCAUCCUAGUGAGCAUGGGCGUCGCCCUACUCUUCAUCAUCCGCAAGAAACGCAAGGAGAAGAGACUGAAGAGACUUAGAGAUGCAAAGAGCCUGGCAGAGAUGCUCAUCAGCAAGAACAACCGCAGCAUCGACACCCCAGUGAAGGGCCCGCCCCAGGGGCCGCGGCUGCACAUAGACAUCCCCCGCGUCCAGCUGCUCAUCGAGGACAAGGAGGGCAUCAAGCAGAUAGGUGAGGACAAAGCGGCGGUCCCAGUGACAGACACAGAGUUCAGCCAAUCGGUGAACCCGCAGAACUUCUGUACGGGGGUCUCCCUCCACCACCAGGCCCUCAUCCAGAACUCUGGACCUCUGAUAGACAUGUCGGACAUCCGCCCCGGGACCAACCCGGUGUCCAGGAAGAGCAUCAAGUCGGCCCACAGCUCCAGAAACCGCUACUCCAGCCAGUGGACGCUGAGCCGGCCGGGCCAGAGCCAGUCCACCGCCUCGGCCAGGACCCUCACCUCGGACUGGCGCACCAUGGGCUCUCACGGCAUCACGGCCACCGAGAGCGACAGCUACAGCGCCUCGCUGUCACAGGACACAGAUAAGGGCCGUAACAGCAUGGUGUCCACGGAGAGCGCCUCCUCCACGUACGAGGAGCUGGCCCGGGCCUACGAGCACGCCAAGCUGGAGGAGCACCUGCAGCACGCCAAGUUCACCAUCACCGAGUGCUUCAUCAGCGACAGCUCCUCGGACCAGAUGACCACCGGCACCAACGACCCGGCCGACAGCAUGACCUCGCUCAGCACGCCGUCGGAGCCCGGCAUCUGCCGCUUCACCGCCUCGCCGCCCAAACCCCAGGACUACGACCGCGGCAAGAACGUGGCCGUGCCCAUCCCCCACCGAGCCAACAAGAGUGAGUUCUGCAACCUGCCCCUCUACAUGAAGUCCGACCCGUUCUUCCGCAAGCAGAGCGAGCUCCAGGACCCGUGCCCGGCCGUGCCCCCCCGGGAGGCGUCCAUCCGCAGCCUGGCCCAGAGGGCCUACCACACACAGGGGCGCCACCUGACACUAGACCCCGCCAAGCAGGCCCUGACGCUGGGCCACUCGGGCCUCAGCGGCCUGGGCCUGGGCUCGGGCACGGCCACGCUGCCGCAGAGGACCCUGGCGGCGACGGCUGCCACCGCCUCCACCUCCAGCACCGGCAGCAACCCCGCCCCCAGCAGCAAGGGGGGCUCCCGGGACUCUCUGCUGGAGAGCUCCACCUCCGCGCUGGGCCGGCUGCAGAAACAGAGCGGGGGGGGCGCGGGGGCCUACUCCAAGUCCUACACGCUGGUGUAG